AUGGGCGGAGGAAUGGAAGCUCACAAGAACAAGUGGAUAGAGGAUUGGUCGUCUGCGCGUGAGAACCUGGAGCACAAUUUCAGGUGGACCCGCCGCAACUUCGCUCUUGUUGGCCUUUUCGGCAUCGCCCUCCCUGUCUUCGUCUACAAGGGAAUUAUCAAAGAAUUCCACAUGCAAGAUGAGGAUGCAGGAAGGCCGCACAGGAAGUUCCUAAUUGUAGUUGGUCCAAAGAGCACAUAUGAUCAAUGGGAAGUAAUUGUUAUAAUUGCAGGAAGCACAAAUACUGAGGGGAAGAAAGCAUAA